AUGUCCCUAGCCCCUCACCGCUUACUUUCCGCUCCUGCUGCGACUCAGCCGUUUGACUGCUGCCUUUCACCCUUUACUCCUCAAGCACUUCAUCAACACAAGAUCGACUCAAAGGGCCAUCACUACUGUCAUUCUUGUGCAAGAGAUUUUUCCAACCGCAACGAGCUGUUUGACCAUGCUACUGCUGUUCAUUCGACAGCGUGUCGAGAAUGCAGGCGGAUGUUCAACUCUGUAGAAGACCUGAACAGACAUCUUCUUGACUCGCCGAAGCAUCCGAAGUGUCGAGCGUGUAGAAUGGGAUUUCGGGAUCGUAUGAGCCAUGCAUCACACAAAGAAGAAAUUCACGGAACUCAGGGCCUCCCUAACAGGAAAUCGAAGAAGGCUCAGAAUUGCAGGCGAUUUUCACCCACUACUACUAUAAAUGAGUCUUCGGUCCCUUCUCCAACAUUGAGAGCACAUUCUCCGUCUUUGUCCGUGCUGACAGGUAUCAGUGACAGGGAAGACCUGCAGAAUAUGACCCCCUUCCAGCUUACCAUGUAUGAAGUGUCGGACGGGGCGACCUCUAGACAAGACUUCGAUGAUUCUCUGCAUGCUGAAUCUCCUUACCUAUCUGCUUUGACAUCAGAGAGAAAUGUCAAAUUCGGUCUGGAGAAUCAUUCUGAAUGCAUCGACCAGAACAUUACGACUUCGCCACGUCAGAAAUCCAAGAAUGUCUUGCACGGUACUUCUAAUUGUCGCGAUGUACCCGCUGAGAUGACCCAGAUCUACGAAUCUCAUCGAAGCUCACAAGACAGGCUAUCCUCAUCUGCGGACGCGGAGGUCGCCUCGUCUUCGUCACUGUGGGAGGCAUGUGCCCCGCUUCCCUCGGAUUCCGCCUCAGAUAAAUCUAGUGAGAAGGGAGCUGGACGCCGUUGGUAUGCGAGUGAAUGGUCUCGCGCCCGAUCCUUCUCUCCGCGCAUCCAUCAGGAAUUAGCAGACGCUGACCUCGACGAAAGCCACUCAAAUUUCAAGUCACGGCACCGAUCAACGUCACCAGCUUCGAGGCACUACGAAGGAGACCUACCGGAGGUUAUGCGGCAUUUCCCCAGUCCUCAGCACUCUGAGGCAAUCAGACCUACAUCACCAGCAUGUCCCGCAAACCUAUCUCGCAUCAUGACCACGCGCACCUUCUCGCAGCUUUCGAGACUUCCAACUAUCUCAGACGAGUCUGAGCUCGAACAAGAACAAGAUGAUGGGUACGAUUCAGAAUCGCUGGUGCCUCUCAUCGCAGACACUCCGCCUGAGGCUCAACAGCAUAAACGUGCCAUGGGACGGCGAAGGCGCCGACUAAGCCUGUCGCCAACAUUACCCCCAAUACCAGAGACCACCCAAAGCCGCCCGUUGAACGCUAUUUCGCCUACUGACUUCGGUGACUCGGAGUCCGAUAGUUCCCAUGGUAUAUUUGAGCAUCUCGCGGAAGAUUUCUUGUACGACAGUCUAUCUGAAAACGAGCAUUGCCAAACUCCGAUGACGUAUCUUACUGCGGACGAGCUUGAGUUGGAUCUUGAAGGAAAGACCAGCCGGGCCGAUGACGAAAGUGACUUUACAAGGCAACUUACUGAGCUCCCAUCUCCGCCAACUCUUCUUGCUGAAGAUUUGACAAAGGUUGCGAUGGAACUGUGCUCACCUUCUACACCGGGUAGUGACUUCGAUCCACUGGCAGACCCCUUCGAGCUUCAUCCGUCUGCGAAUAACUCGCCUAUGAGUGUUACUUUCCCGAGGCGCUCUCGUGCAUGGUCAGUAGGCGUACCGGAGAAAACGGACACAAGAUUCUUGGCACCAAUACCGCCGAUACGACAAACGGUUCCGAGGAAAGAAGAAAAAGAGAAUAAGGAACCUGACAGUGUAGUUGCGAGCCAAUCAAAAGCCGGUGAAGAGGAAUUAGACCCAGUAGCAAUAGCGGCCGAUGAGCCGCUAGCAACGGUCAUCGAGGAAGACCUGUUCUCGGAGCCGGAUGAAAUCCUGGAGCCGAUUCAUCAGGUCAGCAAGCCAGUUGGGCAGUCGCUCGACGAAGCAGAGGCCCGAUUUGCCGAGGAAGGACACCCGCUUCGGAGCUUUAUAACAUUGGACACGCUACCCGGAGACGCGCAUGUCCGAGAACAACCUAAUGACGGUAUACCUUUGUCUUCGCCACGAGCUUCGGAUCAGCGCGAGGUCGGAUCAGCGGGAACACCGAAUCCUGCUGGUCUUCAUAGUAACCCUGGACGGAAACCCCUGCUGUACUGCCGGAUAUGUCAGGUUGAUCCAUGUUGCGACACGACUGCGACGUUCUGCGGGCAUGUCUUCUGUUAUGAGUAA